CCUCCCCCACCUGUUGACGAUGAGGGCUACACGAUAAGGGAACAGGAAAAUGACAAGGAGGAUACGAACUGGUCAUCGUGUAGCAGCAGUGAUGAAGAGGAUGAGAAUACGUUACAACAGUCAAAAAUCCGAAGUUUGACCAUACGACCGGCUGAUUCAGCCAAAACAAUGAAUGCCUCUGUGGAUGAAUUACGUGACGCUAUUGGUCAUAUCAAUAUAUGUAGGAGUAAUACUUUUGAUAAGGAUCCGUGGUCGAUCGGUGGUUCUAAUCGUCCACCAAUGUUUUCGCAAUCUUUGACUGGUGGUAGCCUGAAACCCCUUCGGCCGUGUCAUACGGCUGAUGGUCGAUUUAGGUCAACUUUCAAUGAGUCCGAUUUUGGCAAAAGCAAUGUGCCGCUGAAUUUUUCUGCUUCUAUGGGGCCUGUAGCUGGGAUGGCUCGAGCGCGGCCAAGAAGCAAUACGCCAACUUAUAACUCUGCCUUUGGAGUUGGAGCUACUUUGAGAAAGGCUACUAUCAGCGAGCAACGUGUGCCAGUUGCAAUGGCUAUCAAUGAAUAUUCACAUGUGUGGUUUAAAGGAGCUAAUAUUGAAAAUCCUAAUUUCUGUAAUGACAUUCUUGGAGAUAUCCGACUGAAGUUUUAG